CUUCGUCUUUGGGAGAAAGGGGUAGUUUCGCAGCAGCACUAGCUGGCAAAGAAUGGCGACGGGUGGUAGCAACCCGGAGGACUUGGCUGUGGGGUGUUUGUUAUCGAUCAAAACCACUUUAGGCGACGAAUUCGAAGCACAAGUUAUCACAUUUGAUCGCUCUUCUAACAUCCUCGUACUUCAGGAAGGUUCCAAACCUGGACCUCAUCGAAAUAUUCGAUUAUUGAAGGCUAAUUAUAUCAAAGAUUUCACAUUUUUAGGUCAAGCAGAAGACCCGCUUGAUCCAAAGAACUGCUUCCUUGACCUUAAUGCUCUCCAAGCGAGGGAAGAAGUAGCAAUAAGACAAGCAGAGGCUGAGGCUGAGAGGAUUGGUGUAGGUGUUACCAGCGAGGCACAAAGUAUUUUCGAUGCUUUAUCUAAAACGCUGCCAGUUCGCUGGGACAAGACUGUCAUAGUCGUCAUGAAUGAGGUGCGUGUUGGCAGUCCUUAUCUCCCAGAAUCUGUAAGUGGAGGCACUCCAGCUGCGAGAGAGCGGGUGAAAAAAGUGCUUGAGUUGGAGAGGAAAAGAUUGCAACUCCGUGGUAGCAGUGGUCAGUGAAAGCAAGGUCCCACAUUGGCCUGCCAUUGCAUUCUGAAGUAAGAUCCAAGGAGCAAACAUGGUGGAUACGUUGCUAUUAGCAAAAGCAUAAUGCAUCAGAAGGAUUUUGCAGUGCAUGUUGAAGAGUCCAAAUGAAGCCCUCUUGAGCUCUCAAGUUGUGUGUUGCUUAUGGAUUAUGGAUUUCAGUUGAGGUAGUCUCUCUAGUUUCUUCAUAACAAUGAAUGCUAAAACUGGAAUCUACUGUCUCUUGGAACCCCAAGUAGAUUGUGGGUUUACUUUGCAGGUUUAUCGUCUGAAGAAUAAUUGACAUGAGCCCCAAAAUGAGUUGCGAUCUUUCAAUAUAAAACAGAGCAAAUAGUUGGGAUAUCUUUAGCCAACCAUUCUUUUUUGGGACCUUGUCAAGUUACUGUUUAUUAACUCUUUCAUGAUCUACUUUCUAUAUUUACUUUUGACUUAUUUAGUGUAGUGUGGGAUAGAAGAAUGGUGGAACUUGAUUGGGGCUGUAAUUUUUCCCCCUCAAGGAAAAGUUUAAUUUAA